UGCCAACAUAUAUAAUUCUCGCAGACAAGAGAAUUUGUUUGCUCUUUAGUAUUUUCUAUCAGUAGAGUUUCAGACGUUAUUUGUUUAUUUAUUUUUGAGAUUUCGAAAGGUUCUAGGGUUUUAUCCGAAGCCGAACUGCUAGAAGAGGAUGUAUAGAUUUGGAGUCUGCAGAGAAAUGCAAGCCAGAGCUCAUAAAUUGGCUUUGAAUUGGUUCAACUCUUCAUUCAUUGUUUCAAGAUCUGUAUAUUCACUGCCUUUUGCUACUGUGGAAGUUGAAAAGAUCUCAGGCUCUCAACCAGCUGAAGUACGAAAUUUGGUGCAAGGUAGAUGGACUGAAUCUUCUAAUUGGAGUACUGUAGUUGAUCCGCUAAAUGGAGAACCAUUUAUUAAGGUUGCUGAGGUGAAUGAAACAGAGUUGCAGCCUUUUGUGGAGAGCUUGUCCAAGUGUCCAAAACAUGGUCUUCACAAUCCAUUUAAAGCACCAGAGAGAUAUCUUUUAUUUGGAGAUGUGUCUGCUAGGGCUGGUCACAUGCUUUCUCAACCGGAGGUUUCCAAUUUUUUUACAAGGCUAAUACAAAGGGUAUCUCCAAAGAGUUACCAGCAGGCCCUUGCUGAGGUUUAUGUUAGCCAGAAAUUUUUGGAGAAUUUCUGUGGUGACCAGGUACGCUUCCUUGCAAGAUCUUUUGCGGUACCGGGGAAUCAUCUUGGUCAGCAAAGUCACGGCCUUCGUUGGCCAUAUGGUCCUGUGGCAAUUGUCACUCCCUUCAAUUUUCCUCUAGAAAUUCCCAUACUGCAAAUGAUGGGUGCACUUUAUAUGGGCAACAAACCUAUUCUUAAAGUUGACAGCAAGGUCAGCAUUGUGAUGGAGCAAAUGCUCCGACUACUACAUAAUUGCGGAUUACCUAGGGAGGAUGUCGAUUUCAUCAACUCUGAUGGAAAGACAAUGAAUAAGCUAUUGUUGGAGGCAAAGCCACAGAUGACUCUUUUUACCGGAAGUUCACGAGUGGCAGAUAAGUUAGCUGUGGACUUAAAGGGGCGUAUUAAAUUGGAAGAUGCAGGGUUUGACUGGAAAAUACUGGGUCCUGAUGUUCAACAGGUUGAUUAUGUUGCAUGGGUCUGUGACCAAGAUGCAUAUGCAUGUAGUGGUCAAAAAUGUUCUGCACAAUCAAUUCUAUUCAUGCACGAGAAUUGGGCUACAACUUCACUUAUUUCUAAAUUGAAAGAUCUUGCAGAGAGAAGGAAGCUGGAAGAUUUAACUAUUGGCCCUGUUCUUACUUGUACAACUGAAAAAAUGCUAGAACACAUAAACAAAGUGUUGGAGUUACCAGGGUCAAAGCUACUAUUUGGUGGUGAACCUUUGAAAAACCACUCUAUUCCAAAUAUAUAUGGCGCUAUCAAACCAACAGCCGUUUAUGUUCCACUUGAUGAAAUGCUGAAAGACAACAAUUAUGAGCUUGUUAGAAAGGAAAUCUUUGGACCAUUCCAGAUUGUUACUGAUUAUAAACAAGAGCAACUUCCAAAGGUGUUGGAUGCUCUUGAGAGGAUGCAUGCACACUUGACGGCAGCCGUGGUUUCAAAUGAUCCCCAGUUUCUACAGGAUGUCCUGGGGAAAUCUGUGAACGGGACUACAUAUGCUGGUAUUCGUGCCAGAACCACUGGAGCUCCACAGAAUCAUUGGUUUGGACCAGCUGGAGACCCCCGGGGUGCAGGAAUUGGGACUCCAGAAGCAAUAAAGCUCGUGUGGUCUUGCCAUAGAGAAAUCAUAUAUGAUGUAGGUCCCUUGCCUCAGGACUGGGAGAUCCCACCGUCCACCUAGAUAGCCACAAGGAACAGAGGGGCAGUAUUUUUGCUUUUUUUCUUUGGUAUAAGUUAACUUACAGAAAACAAGGUUGAAGCUAUUUAUUCCGAUUAUAAGAUAGAACACGAUAGAAGCACCAUUGUAAACGGAAUUUGAAAAAUAAUCAUUGACAGAUAAAUCAGAGAGGUGGGACGACCCACCCUUUUUUUACAA